AACCCUUCGCGAGUCAACGUCACCACCGUGUGUCAGCAAUCAAUUCCUCCACAGCUCGGUCUGGACGACUUGCUAGGCACAGAAGGACUUGUACUAGUAGCUCUGUCGGAAACCCUGAGGUAUAGACCGAAGACAUUCGCGGAACCCGAAAUCAUAGGCUAUGCCGCUUCAGCGCCCGGAGUAGGGGGUGAAAUACCGAACUUGAAGGAUGAGAAGUAGUAGGCAAAUAGGUGGUCACUGCACCCCAUACGUACACAUCUGUAUUUAGGUUUAUACUUGGCUACAGCCAAGCACUCUCUGCGCAGGCCAACGAUCACUUCCCAGAAGGGGAUCCCUGUGGCUCGAGAUGAGCUUGACCUUAUAGGCUAAUGCAUUCGUUUCACACGGAAGUCUUCAACAAGUGGAUCAGAUCUAGCCGGAAGAACCGAGUGGCAACCGUCAUCGUCUCCCUCACCCGAACUGUAUUGGCAGAGAUCAACCCACCACAACGGAAUUUUGACGGGACUGUCGUUCAGUGUAUACGUAGUCCACACACACAACCGAAACCGCCUGACCCAGGUAGGAAACAGGGAAUAGGAAUUUUCCGCAUUAUCUACUCCGGUGCUGAGAAGUCAUGGUCGCAGACCAAAACCUAUUUGCCAUGGUUUGGUAGAUCGUGCAACGAACAGGAGUUGAUAGCAGUAAAGAUAGAAAAUAAAUGGCUGGACGAAAGCCAAUUCAAAGGAAUUGUAUACCCAUCACGUGGCUUGUCAGGUGGUCACGCCAGUCCAUUUUCAAUUGCACACCUCCCUCACCUCGCCAAUUCAAGCGACUCUUACCUUUCGCCAUACCUACUCCAUAGCUUGUUGGGCUACCCCGGAAUAUGUGCAUCGUGGCCUUUCAGGAUACCACUGUAUCCAAUUCCAGGGGUCCAUCUGAGAUCGGGAAAAGAAAAACAAUAAAAGAGACUCAACUUCUAUCCAGAUCCUUCCUUCCACCC